AUAAACCCAGAGCCCCGCUUGUCACUUUUAAAGUCUAUCUGCAUCCAGGCACACUGCAAGCUCUGUGUUUUAUCCCAGCCCUCAACAAUGUCCGCAGAGAGCUCUACAGACUUGGACCUUGAACUAGGCGAACUGCUGCAGGAGUUCCAGUGUGUGGUGGAGGAGCUGAAGGCCCCAUCCCAGAGCCAACCCCAUGCCUACCAGCAGGUCCUGGACCAGGCAAAAAAUCGCAGUGCACAGGGGGACGACAGUGGAGUCGAGGACUCUGAUUACAGCAGCGAGGCUUCUUUUGGAAACAGUUUGAACACCAGCGAGGAGGAGCUUCACACAGCAGGCAUAAUGCUGGCACCGAAAGCCAAACUGGGAGACACAAGGGAACUUCAGAAUUUUAUCGACAGCUUGGACCGGGAACUUGCUGAGAUGUGAACAGAGAGAGAGCCACGUGGAGGGGGAGAACAGGCCAGGGGCGACGUGGCUGGCUACUGCCGAGCAGACAGGCAGAUCUAAACCAGAGCAGAUCUGAGGGAGCAAACGCUCCCUCGGCUGCUCCAGGGGAAAAGGUUAACAUCAGGAAUUAAAAGGGCAUUCUGUUCCAAAACACAAGAACACCAUCGGACCCGUGGCAACACCGCAUCCACUCAGCAAGACAACGUCCCUGCAGCAUCAAGUCCAGGAUGUGUGACAUAUUCAGAGAGUAGACAGAGCUUCCAUCUGUCAGGGAGCAUGAGACAGGGCCGUCUAGGGAAUAGAGGGCCUGUUUUUACCAUAUUUGAAAUUCGCUUACGUAUAGUGCCAAUGAAGGGCCUUAAGUCCUGACUGACAUAUUUUGUCUCAUUCGCAAUAAGAUUUAAACAAAUUCCACAUGAUUGAGUUCAGAUGUAAUGUGUGACAUCAAAUGGCUUUUAUACUCUGGAGUUACUCAAUGUACAGAUGUGAAUAUUCUUGUUUGAUAUUGUAAAGUUUUGUACAGUUUUAGACAUCUAGAUCUGAAGAAGUCACAUAUCAAUAAAAUUAUUUCUUGAUUGUGUUUGGUA